UAAUGAGCCUGAUUCUGGAGAAGUUGCUCAUGGACAUAAUGUGCUUUCCUUAUAUUAAACUGAUACCAUUGAGUAUUUAUUCAAAACUUAUACAGUUGAGAAUUUAGAUAAAUUUAGCAAUAUUGUUGAAAGUGUCAAAAUAAAUUAAGAAUCUUAGUAAUUAUGGACAUAUGUAUAUUUUGGAUAUAAUAAUGAAGAUUUACAAUUUUAUAUUGAAUGGCCAGAUAGUUCUGGUACCAAACAAUUUAAGGGAUGGCAUAUUGUUGCUAAAUAUUGGGCAUUGUACCUAGGUUAAGAUUCUAAGUAUACAUUCCAAGGCAAAACAGCUUAUUCAAAUUUACGAUUUGGAAAAGGUUCUUGGGGAAUUUAAACUGAAUUUGAAGAAUAUAAAAUUGGAAAGAGUAAAUUAUGGCCAGGUGUAUAAAUGAAAACAUAUGAUUCUAAAUGGAUAACUCAUACUGAAGAAUCAGAAUAUGAUAGUUUAUUACAUGAAGAAUCUGAAUGGGUUACUGACGGUAUAUAUGAAUAUGGCUUUGGAAUGUGGACAAAAUUCUUUAUUACCAAUCCUUCUCGUAUUUAUGAGAAACCAGAUCGUAUUUUGAUAGCCAGAUUAGGGUUUAGUGAUUCAGAUUAGGCUGAAUUUGCCGUUUAUAUUGGAAGAGGUGAUUAUGAAUUCUGGGCUGGAUCAAUGAGACCUGUUUAAUAUGCUAAAAAUUUGGAUGGAUAUUGGAACUACAUUUAUUUCAGUUAUUCAAAAUUAUAAUAAAUUGCUGUUGGCUAUGUUAAUUUUCUAAAAUAGUUAUAAAUACAAAGAACAAAAUUCGAUCCAUUUGAUGCAGAUCCUGCAAAUAAUUAUGCUCGUUUUUAUGUAGGAAAUUGGAAAAACAAUUAAUUUGGUUUUAAUGGUAGAAUGGUAUCUGCUGUAGUUCGCAUGGGAAGAGGUUCAUUUAUUAAUGAGAUUGAGGAAUUCUAAACUUGGAUGGAGCUUUAUAAAGUUCCUGUUGAUGAUGAAUUAGGAACUAAAGAUCAUGAAAUUUAAGGAGCAGAAAAUAAAGAUACUGAAACAUAUGAAACUUUUAUUUAUGAACAUGAGGCAAUUGAAACUGAAUAAUAUUCAGUUUAUGGAUGGUUCAAAUAUUGUGGUGAUUUGUCUAAUAGUGAUGCCUAGACAAUAAUUAGAUUAACAAAUAAUGAAGUUGAUCAUUUAAGCGAUGCUUCAAUUUUAGGAGAUAGAACAAUAACAGCAAUUUAAUAAGGAGGAAAUAUGAUAUUUGGCACAUAUGAUAUUGGAUUUAUAGAUAAAGAUUAUGAAGUAAAUAGACAAACAGAAGUUGAACUUGGAGAAUAUAGAGGAAUUUGGAUGUAUAUUUGGGUUGGAUAUUCAAGAUUUGAUUAACAAACAGGUUGGUUUUUAGGAUUUCCUGAUAUAAGUAAAGGUGGUGUGAUAAAAAAGACAAUGCAUUUUUCACCUAAAUAUUUAGCUGUUUAUUUAGGAAAAGAUGGAAUCAAUAAGAAAUUUAUAGGAAAAUCAAGGCAUGUUCAUGCUUGUUAUGGUACUACUUAAUGUUGGUAUUUUGUAAAUAAGGUUGAAACAGAAGAGAGUUUACCAGCUUGGAUUCCUUAUAAAUUGAAUAAUUAAUUUGAAUUUUUUAUAUAAAAAGAUGAUGAUGCACUAAUUGUAGCUUAAAAUGAUAAUGCAGCUAUAGAUGUAGAAAUUACAGAGAGUAAUUACCCUGGUUCAGAUAUUGAAGCUAUAUUUGAAUAUGGUAUAGGAAUAUGGACAAGAUGGCUCAUGAAUUAUCCAUUUUUCUUAUUAGAAAAAGCUGAUUCACAUUCAAUUUUCAGAUUUACUACUAAUGCAUAAUAUGAAGAUGCUGAAUAAAAUGGAGAUAGAACUGUUUCAGCAUUUGUAGGAAGAGGAGAAUAUAAGUUUAGUACAUAUGAUGCUGUUCUUAAUAAAAAUGAUAUAAGUACAGGCAGUAAAUUUGAUAAAGAAUUGGAAGGAUAUUGGAAUUUCAUUUAUUUUUGUUAUAAAAGAAUUCCUACUAAUCCUAAAGCAAUUGGAUAUGUGUUCUUAUCAAAUGUUAAUGUAGUAAAGAGAAUAGAGAUAGAUAAUGCUAAACAUUGGUUAUUAAGAAAUUAUGCUAGAUUGGUUGUAGGUAAAAAAGAAUUUGGGCAUUCUGCAUUCUAAGGAAAAUUGUUUGAUCCAAGAGUAUUUUUAGGAAAGGGUAGUUAUAUAGAAACAAGUGAAGAUUUGAUCAACAAUUUGAUUCCAAAAUUUAGAGCUUAUCCACCUUAUAAAGAGAAAUAAGAUAAUGAGCCUGUUUAAGUUGAGAAAGCAAAGAUUACUGAGAGAGUAUUCAAAUCAUAUGAAGAAAAAUAUAGUGGAGUAUUUGAAUAUAGUGUUUAUGGAUUUGCUAAAGGAAAUAAAUUAAGAAAUAUUACAGAAUGGACUACUCUUGUUAGAGUAACAUAAAAUACACCAGACAUUUAAAAAGACAAUGAGAAUGCUGGAGAUAGAACACUUACAAUAUUUGCUGAUAAAGGUAAAUGGAUUUAUAGUACUUAUGAUUAUGGAGAUCUUGAAGUUGUUGAUGAUGAUGAUGGAUCAAGUAAUUAAUUAUUUAUAUAUUUAUAGUAAUACAUGAAUUUGAUAUGAAUAAAUAAUGGGGUAAAUGGACUUAUUUCUAUUUUGCUUACUCAUUUAAAUUGAAAUAAGCAUAUGCUUAUAUUAGAUUUAUUGAUUAGAGUGAGAACUCCUUUUUAUUUGAAGAUAUUUAUCAUUUUGUUCCUCAUUAUUUGAGUGUCUUCUUUGCAGAAGAUGGUUAUGGCAAAAUGUUUGAUGUAAUCAAUAAUUUAAUAUUUAUUUUAGGGUGAAGCAUUUGAUUGGUAUUUGGGAAUUGGAGAUGGAGCAUUCACUACAACACCAAAUCCAAAAUAAUGGCCAGUUGAUCCUGCUCCUCCACCUGAUAGAAUUCUAUCAGCUUUAUUAGCUAAUUAAGGAUUUAAUUCAGGAAGAAUAGUCAAAUCUUAAACCUUCUUAUAAUUAGAUGAGACUGUUAAUCUAGUUGAGAUUAAAUAAGAAGAAUGA